AUGUCGAAGAAUUGCUUGACUGGCGAUGCCUUACCGAAUUGGAAAAUUAUUCUAAAGUUGAGCUUUUGUGGGAUUAUCACAGUCGCUGCCGUCCUCGGCAGCUAUUUCGUUCUAAGAGCGUUUCACAAAUUUCGCAACUUGCGAACUGCUUCCAACAACAUUUUGGUGAGUUUGUCUAUCGCCGACGGCUUACUAGCGAUUCCCAUGAUUCUUGAUAUCAUUCGUUUGUUCCUUCAGUUGUAUAAUGUUGGGCAUUGUUCACUUCUUAAAGAAGUAAGUGGAACUGUCACCUUGUUCCUCCUUUCGGUCAUUACUCUUCAUCUUACCUUAAUGAGCUCAGAACGUUUCAUCGCCAUCAGGUUCGCCUUAAGAUACCAUAGCAUAGUGACCAAACGCCGAGCACGGUUCGUUUCCAUCGCGGUGUGGCUGUGGGCUCUGGUCAUUGUUAUAGCUCUUCCAUGGACGCUUAGGACACCAGGCCGCAAAGAUUCCAGAGAAUUUUGCAGAGAGAUGCAUCCAGAUAGUGAUAAAGCCCAAGAGCUCCAAAUGAGAUGGCAUCUUGUAUUCACAGCUGCGUCAAUGUUUCUUGUUCCCCUGUUGAUCAUUAUAUGCUCGUACACCUACAUCUUCAUAGUGUCCUACAAGCAGAGACAACGUGUCAGAAAACAGGGCCGCGACUUUCCAGGAAUGCCAACUAUCAAGCACGAAAUGAAAGGCGCCCGAACUCUCGCCAUUGUUGUGGCGCUGUGUCUGCUCAGUAUCAUUCCUAUCCUUGUUGUGACAUCCCUCCGAGUUUUCUGGGCCAAAUUACUCGCAGGCCACAGCCAUCAAAAGUUACUGCAGCAUAUCGUUUACAAGGUGGCCAUGUUUUUGAACGCUUCAUGCAAUCCUCUCAUAUAUGGAUGGAGAAAUGAGGAAUUCAGAAACGCUUUUCGCAAGAUGCUAAAGUGCUGCUAAGCGAGUUUAGCACAUGAACGCCGUUAGGUAUUGUAGGCCAUAUCCAAGAUUUAAUAUACUUUUCUUUAAGGCAAAUUGGCUAAGUAUCGAGUAACAGACGAUACCAAACUCUCUUUUGCAAGCGAGAACAGCUCAAUUUGGUUUGUACCUUUCGUCUCUUGUCUGCUAAAUUGCUAGACUCAAAUAAAGAGCCCUACGUAGGAACUGUAAUAAUAUAGCGGGGCGAAUGUAAGUUGGUCAAAUUUUGUAACAAGUUUCAUUUUGAGUAAAAAAAAGACUCUGUUCUACGAAUAAGACCUUUUUGUUGCGAGUCUUCCCAAACCGAAUUUACGAAAACGAUCGAGAGCUCCGCAUGGUGGCGCACUGGUUUGCUGAAGAGAUGACCCGAGCAAGAAUCUCAACUGUUUGGGAAGACUCACAAUAAAAAGGUCUUAUUCGUAGAACAGAAACUUCACUAGUACAGGCUAAUGGUAAUAGUUGUAAGGGCCGUGCGAGACACAGCACUAAACACGUUCGAACUCGUGAUUGGCCAGGGAACCACCGCCUGCACACUGCUGAUAAGAAACGGGAAAUGCCUCGAAAUAAAAUGACAUUAUGAUUCCAUCUCCUCAUGAUGUUUGUUUUACAAGGGGCCCAAUGAAGGACAUAAACUGAUAGCUGCGAUUUCGUCAACAUUUUUACUGUCAGCAGAGAAAAGAGGGAUUUUUAACUGAGUGCUGAGACUUGAUCAAAAAAUUAUUGAUACGGGUGAGGAAAACCAACGGCGAUUCCAACACCCCCAUGCACACCCAUUUUAACUCUUAAAUGUUGUAAAAGAAAAAGCUGCGCAAUUUCAUUCGUGCUUAUGCAGAUAGCAUGGUGAAGAAACAAAAUUUGUCCAUAAAAGUUUAGAAUUAAUUUCAAACAUUCCAGUCUCGUGGUAUCAUGCAAUGAAAUACCAUACCCAAAAACAAACCACAAAAACGCAUAUACCGUUUAGGCACACGGUUCAAAGAACAUCUGUUGGGAGCCCCGGGAAGGGGGUGACUUCCAAAUGAAAACGAUGGAAUAUUUGUCGUCUCGCUUAUGAUUGAUCAUGACUGAAACCAAUGUGAUAUCUUUACCCAUAGGGGUAUCAUUGUGGAUUGUGAGUAAAGAAAUGACUAGGUAAAACAAACAAAUGAUUUAUAACAAAGGGAGAACAGUUGUGACAAAAUCGCGAAAAAACGCGAAAUUUGUAGUUUUUGUAAUUUUCGUUAAAAUUGUAAAAUCACAGGCAACCCAGGCUCUGUGAUAGUACCACAACACGGUUCCAGUAAAAUUACAGUGUUUGUAUGGGGUAAAAGUACGAUCCUAAAAUUUCUACGAAGUACUAAAUAAAGAUCAAUGAAACUUACUCUGCAGUUAGUUGUUGUUGUCCUCAACCAUAAUGCUCCAACGAAGUUUCGUGACAAUUUGUUCAAAUUCACUCUAUAUACAAUAAUAAUAUACAAGGUACGAGACACGAGAUGCCAUCUUCGCCUCUAUGCCCUCAUUCAACUGCAACUUUUUCCACGAAAUCCGAACUCCGACAGAAAAUAAACAUGCAAGGAGUGUAAUAAUAGCAUAGCAGCAGAUAUAGAAACCAAUGAAGCUUUCCCAGAUAGAAAAACGAAUCCCGCAGACUUUGACAAACUCGAAGGAUGUAAUCCAAAAAGGCCGAGAAUAUGCUCGCCGAAGUAGCCGGGCCAGAUCAACGCGCGGCCAAGAAAAUGAGGCCUGGGCACUGUACAAAAAAAAUCCAUCCCGGGUGUCCUGGGUUGACCUUUCUAGGGACCGAUACAUAGCUUUACCGAAGUUAGCCACCCCUGCUGGAAAUACAUUUGCUCGACGGCUAUUGUUCACUUGAGAAAGACACGACUCGCCCGAGCAAACUACAUGUUCCGGUGCGGAAUUGUAUUCAGAGGAGCCUGAAGUAGGAUGGAGGAGUACUAAAAUCGCCGAAAAAAAAUAGUGGAUUAUGCCAACACUAACAACGUUGAAUUUAUUGUUGACCCGAUUGUUUUAUUCCAUGGCUGAUUAAUUUACAGCUAUUUGCAAAUACUUAAGUUGAUCAAGUGCAAGUGACUACCAGGGGAGAGUGCAGAUUGGUUCUUUGACAACAAAAUGACAUGAUCAUAUUGCUUGCAUAGACGAUACAGCAUGUCCCGGCAGAAAAACAGCAUUUUGAUAAAUGAGCAUGCGCUGAACCGUGAAUCUGUCCCUUUAAGGACAGUACAUUUGCAGCAGUUCAAAGCAAUGUAGCGUCCUAAAUUAGCUAUGUGAAAAGGGUACCAUUUGUCAGUAGAAGGGUAUACGAAAGGGGUACCUUUUCUGUCAAAAAUAGUAUAUGUGGUAAUGAAAGGUUAAGGCGUUUGACCACGGGGCGGAGCCUCCUCGUAUAAAAAUUAUCAGUCCGCUGCCGCACAGCUGGUCGAUAUCAAGAAGGUAUUGUCUUUUUCCAAGACAGAGCUGAAUUACUUGAAUAAUAUAUAGAUUUAGCCAGGGCUAAAAGCGAAGCGCUCGAUAAUAUUUAUAAUUCAAACCAAAUAUAAAAUGAUGUAAUGCUAAGCGGCGAAGGCAACGCCGGAGAACGGUGAAAAAACAACAAUUUGUGUAAUUAGCAAAAAUGCAACUUUGCAAGUGCAGCACAAUUUUUCUGUACAUUUCUUUGCCGUUGUUUUGCACGACUACAACGUGAAACUUCCAGAACCUUCUUAGGGCCUGUUUACAUGGAGUGGGGGACCCCGGUAUCUUGGGUUGGUUUCUUUUGUUUUCACGCUCUAGGGGACACAAAACAAAAGAAACCUACCCCACUAGACCGGGGCCCCCCACUCCAUGUAAACAGGGUCUUAGUUACACGUUCUCGUACGUAUUCUCGUUCACUUCUUUUUUUUUUUUCACUGCCGCUCAUUUUCACCUUCCAUUGGUGGCCCUCUAGCGUUUCUCAUCUUCUCACCUCCGCUACAAGAUUUUCAUGUUGUUCUUCCAACGAAAAAAUGUCUUCUUUGUUUCUUUGUCUCUUGCUCUAGAUCUCUGUCGCCCUUUUCCUCGUUGAGCUUCGCUGGCCUGCCGCCUACCUUCUCUAACUCUAUAUUCCAAAUUUGUGGACAUGAUAAUUAAUCUAAGCUUUUAAUUUGUUCAUGCUUUUAGCUGUGCGUAUAUCGAGUUAUGGAUGCACCCGGGAAGUUUGGAGAGCACGGAAGACUUCUUGAGUGCUCUCCAAACUUCCUAAGUGCAAUAACAUAGCUGCCAAAAAUGCUUGCUUUUCGAUUAACUACAAAAUUCUCGUAACGCGAGACACAAUAACAAAGGCUUCAGUCUAUUGGCUGAUUACAAACACGCCACAAUGGUGUAGUUUGAGUGAAAGUUCUUUCUGUAAAACUAAGAAAGAAAAUUUGCUUAUUUAUUCGUUAACGAUCAAUGAAAACUAAAAAGAAACAAAGGUAAAAGAGUCUUAAAGUCCACCUAAAGUGAAGAUACUCACAUGUUCGUAAGAAGUCGUGAAGUAUGGUUUGGAUUGGUUUGGAUUUGCUGUAAAGAUGUUUAUGUUUUGCUCGGCGAAAUCCAGAAAACUUGUUUUCCAGCGAAGACGACUGUCAUCCUACGUUAACCUUAUAUUCAUUUACGAACAAUGACUGGUCAUUACGGCUUCUUGAGAAGACCUGGCAGCAGUUGUUUUUGUGAGUAAUAAAUUUAUGUCUUGUUGUGUAAUUUGUCUUAUCAUUGCAAGAGAAAUUUUCCUGCUUCAGUCGGAUUGUUCGGCGAUAACAAAAGUGUGUAAUUCUUUGUAGCCUGCGUAGCAAGCGUUUCCGUGCUGUUUCGAGAGUCAAAGACCGCGUAACAAAGACCGCGCGAAAAAUGGCCCGAGUAAGCGGGGAGGGGGUGGGGAAGAAAGGAAGGAAACGCUUGCAGACAAACCCCGGGAAUUUGAAAACCGCCUACUCUGCUUGUCAUGCCUGAGUGCGCAUGGUAAUCUUUGUUUUCUUAACGAUACUCGACUGGCUUUCAACUCAUGCAAAUUACCACUUGUAAUGUGUAAUGUACACAAGUGAUUCUUAUAGUCUAAAUUCGAAGCGAGCAAUCUCACAUGAAUCAAUCAUUUUCUCACCUUGCGUGCUGAGUCGAAAAAUAAAUUGUUGCUGAUUUAAAAUAGGGGUAACGAUUGGUUGUUGUUGUUGUUAGUCGAGGAGAUGAAAUACUGGUGAACAGAGAGGUAGGGCAUCUAAUGAGGACCAAGAGUAUUGACCAUAACGAUGGAGGGGUAUGUUCUGGAAGGGCCAUAUCUGGAUAGUCCCUUUUUGGUAUAACACCUUAGCGCACUAAUUUGGACAAAGCUUAUUGACUAUGACGAUGGAGGGGUAUAUUCUGAAAGGGCCAAUCUGGUUAGCCCCUGUUUGGAUAACACAUUAGCACACUUUUUUGGACCAAGAGUGUUGACCAUGACGAUGGAGAGAUGUGUUCUGGAGGGGCCAAUCCGGAUAGCCCCUAUUUGGUACAACACCUUCGCGUUUUUGAUGACCUAGCGUGUUAAAAAGCGCACUAUAAAUGAAUAAAUUAUUAUUAUUAUUAUUAUUAUUAUUAUUAUUAUUAUUACACUGUUUUGGGGCCAAAAGUAUUGCGGACCAUCAGAAGAAGGGGUAAAUUCAGGAGGGGCCAAUCUAGAUACUUUUCACCUGGUGUAGUAUUUUAGCAGGAUUUAAAUGACCUUCUUGGGCCAAUCUGGUUAGCUCCCAUUUGGUUUUUCAACCUUAGCACAACAUGUGGGAUCAUACGAGUAUUGACCAUAAAGAUAGACGAGACCAAUCUGGAAAGCCCUUGUCUGGCAUAACAACACCUUAACAUAUUAUUUGAGAAUUCAUUAUUUUAGACAACCUGGAUGGUGGCAGCUCCAAAACGUUGAAAACAUCCUUACUAUUAUAACUUAUUAAUCUUAAUUAAAACAUACGCGCUUGAUAAAACUUUACAAAUGUUCAUAAAACUUUGGAAACUUCGGAACAACUUGGGGUUAUGUUGGGAAAUCAUUGUUGGGAAGUCAUUGAGUAGAUUUCCGAUAUCUAUUAUAUUAAAAAUAUUUUCAAUCAUUUUGGACACCUUGCCGGUCAACUUUGUGUUCUUAAUACUCAGCAGUAUAUUUUGGAAAUGGUCUGAAUCCCUUUGCAAGUGCAUUAUAGUUUCUGGGACCUUGCAAGGCAAGUGUCGCGUUUUAUGAGGUUUUUGUUCUGGACUGGGUGUUAAAUAGCAAUAAGAAAUAGAAAAGAGAUAAAUCAAUCAAUCAGUCUAUAUGAUGGGUAAAAAGAAAUCUUUAGUGUACAAACUAAUCAAUGGUUUUUUCAAAUUCUGUGUGUUUUACUAAUAUAUUUGAUGUUCAGGUGCAAAAGAAGUUGAUAUUAUACUGUAUUGUAGAUCCAGAGAAAAUAGCAGUGCCCAAAAAAGAAGAAAAGAAAAUAGCGAUAGAGUGAUGUCAAUUUACAUUACGAGAAAACCCGUUUUUCUUGGUUCUUCGAGCAAAACGGGCGAGGAAAACUUGUGACGCGCGCUUCUCGCUUGUGAAGUGUGCCACCCCAUUUACUUAGUAACUCUAACGGAUAAAUAAGAGACUACUGGUAGUCUUCAUCAGGUCAAGUUUAAAGACUUAAGUGACAAAAAAAAAAGAACGGCCAAAAUGUAAUUAGCCAUGUUUAGUCUCCUUCCAUAGACAUGCCCACCUCUCCGGCGUAAAAAUGCGCCCCUCACAGCCAUGCAUCCAAGGCGAGUCUAAAGUCUAAGUUCUCCGUUACUUCCGUUUUAUUUCAGAGUGCAAUAGCCUUGGCAAGAGGUAUUUCAAAGAGCAAGGAUUUUGACAUUGUGCUUUUAGAACAAAAUAAAUAAGUGUUUGCUUCGAAGACUUCAAGUUCGAUUGACGUCCCUGUCAUGUUUACGUACUUUAUUCUCACUUAAUUUCGCGAGUAUUAGAUUUGGCGAAAAAUUAUGAGCCAUAUUUCGCGAAUAUUUAACUUUUCGAUUUUUCUGUUCUUUAAUAUGUAAAGGCGACUUUAAACUCAGAACAGUAACAGCAGAAUAAGUAAUUAUCGUAAAAAACAGAAAAUAAAGACAAUUACGAACAAAACGUCAACCAGCUAAACAAAACAAAGCAUAAGGCCUUCAAUGGUCUAACUACAGUGUAACUACCCACAGAUAGUUACAUAGUAAAUAUCUACACUCUGAUAAACUUGUUGGGAUAACUAAUAAAGCAACAUCUUGAAUUUCGUUAUUUUUUGCGUAUAGGUGUGUCUGGUAUUAAAUUUCGCGAUUUUUCCUGGAUCGCGAAAAUAGCGAAAUAUAAUUCUCUCGAAAAGUGUACGGCAAAAGUUGACUACUUCGAACUCUCAAUGCUUUUAAGAAAGUCGUUUCCUUCUCAUCCUUUUGAUUAACAUGUGAAACAGGGAAGCAAACCCCUUCCAAUAAUAGCAAUUACACGAUCUUGUGUUAUGCGCAAACUAAUCAGAAUUAGUCCGGCCAGUUGGUUUUGUCUGCGCGUAUGCGUUAAAAAGGAGUCCGUGCAGUUAAGAGGCAGCAUGCAAGCAAGCGGGAAAAAUAUACAAAAGAGUGUAUCGAACUAACUACUAACUGGUUUAACUACGAAUAGAAGAAUAGUUGUCAUUUUGUUGUUGUGUGGAUUUUAUGGGCCGCGUGUUGAUUCUGACCUUUUGCAUACAGCUGAUAGUUCUUAACCCGAUUACGAUUCAAGUAAAAGUCAGCUGAGCAUAAUUUAGAGAGGAAAACCACAUUGUACGAUCUGCUGGUCUCGUUGCUAUAAUUAACUUUAGCCAGCAUUGAAGUCUGAAAACACAUCAUGGCCAGCAAUUUUGUCUUGUAACCAGGAUAAAUGUGGGUUAAACGAAACGUAUUGCCCUGCUCAAAACCUCAGCCUGGCGAAGGAAACGGUAAUUAUAAUUUCAGUUAUGAGCAUUCAUCUCAUCUUCACUGUCGCUGCCGUCUUCGGUAGCUAUCUUGUGAUUAGAGCGUUUCACAAAUUUCAUAGUCUUCGAACUGCUUCUAACGCUAUUCUGGUAAGUUUGUCAACAGCUGACGGUUUACUGGCGAUUCCUUUGAUUUUCGGCAUCGUCCAAAUGAGUCUUAGACUGUUAAACGGCUAUGAUGCUGAGUGUAGCUCCGGUCCUCUUGGAAAAAUAACCUUCAUAUCCAGCUUCUUUCUCAUCUCCGUUAUAAUUCUUCACCUCGCGUUGAUAAGCGUAGAACGUUUAAUCGCCGUGAAGUUCGCCUUAAGAUACCACACCAUAGUAACCAAUCCUCGAACACUGAUCGUUGCCUUGGCGAUGUGGUUAUUUGCUGCGACCGGUACGCGAACUUUUGCGACGACUCUUGUAGCAAACAGUGGAGACAUUGGACGGUUUCGCCAAGCGAUGGAUCCACACUGUAAAAACCCUGAAGAUUCUUUGGAUCACGAUCUUAAGGGCGGAUGUCAGUAAAUAUCGACCAGAGGUCUACAAUUGUGAAAAAACGAAAAUUCUCAAAAAAAUUCACAAAGUAGCACUAGGUAAGCUAUUAACAUAAAUGCAAUUUUUACUUCGAUACGAUAAUUAUUUUCCACGUACGGGGGGGUUAUUGGUUUCGCGGCUCUCGGACCGGGUUUUCCAGGCCCGAGACCACGUGUCGCAAAAAAAUCGUUUUAAAAUUCAAAUCCAUUGUAAUGCAGACAACAAAUAACUUACUCAGAAGAGUACUUAAUUGCACACAUUCUAAGUGGUGAUUUACUCAGUUUGAACGAAAGUGUAAUAUUUUGGAGAUUUUUCAUUAUUUUCAAUAUUUUGAACGUUUUCGUUCAAUGAAAAAAGGGCAAAUUUCAAAGCCCAAAAUCGUCGACUGGUACCUCGAUUUCAGUAAUGAGUCUAACACCACGUUAAAGAGCGUUAUCUCUUCUUUCAAAAUCUGUUUUCAAAACUACGGGCAACUUAAAAGAAAAUGUUUGAGGCCAAAAAAUACUAGUAGUACUUUUCUGAAAUUUGAGCUUUCCAGACUCAGCGGGUCGAUGCUAAAAACUCAGAAAAAUGCAAUAAGAAAUCAGUUUGAGCAACAGCGAUUUAACGUUAUCAGCUAUCAGAAACCAACACGUGUUUAUCGAGCGAUCUGAUAAAAUUUAAAGCCGUUUUCCAACAAGAAAAGCAGAGUUUAGCCAUCUUCUGCUACCAAACGCACGAGUCACGUAAGGUUGUCAAAGGGCAAAGCACAAUAAUAAACUUCAAAAAACACAACGUUUCUGCGUCCAGGAAGUAGACUUUAGCGGACAGAACAAUGCCUACGAGUGUAUGUUUCAUACCUUAGCAUGGGGUUCCUAGAUACUGGAAAUAAAAACCAUCAAGGACAGCAUCUGCAAGAUCAUCUUCGGCUGCUCUCAAACGACGGAGAUUGCGUUACUUUUCACAGAUUGACCGCUUACCACCUGUUGUUGGGCUCGUAUUUCGACGGAACGCUUGCCUCGAGAGGCGCUGCACGGAUCUGAACUCUUCUUCACGAGACAUUGAGCUGAAUUUAUCGGAAAUAUGCCACCACCACCAACAACAUGAGCUUUUUUCGGGUAUUUGUCGUUUUUUAUGCGAAAAGUUCGGGUAAGCAGAUUCUCGCAAAAACCAUUUGGCUUAAAAAAUGUGUUUAAAAGCCCACCCUGGAUUUGAAGCAAAAAGUAUUUCCUCGAAAUAAGCUAAAAAUACCCAAUUCACGCGGUGAAAAAAUGGAUGAUUAUGGAAGGAUUAUCGAAUUCUUGCCUAACCUGAGCGAUUUCCCGUGAUGUAGGAUUAGGGCUAGGAAAAAAGCCCAUAACCUGCUCCUGUCGUUGUGAAUUUCCUCAAGAUCAAAAAUUUCAGUAAGAACCGAAAACAACAGCUUAAAGGAGGUGCACACACCUUGAACUAGCCAGGGAAAAGGUUCUUCUAAUUGAGCUAAACUGUCAUUGAUGCACGGUGCAAUUAGGUAGACCUGUUACUAUCCCCCACGCAACCACAUGGGGAGUACUUUGAAGCGGUCCUGUCGGGGACUUUCGGGGGAAGGGGGCAGGGCAAAUCGAAAAUAACUCCUCUUUGUUUUUGUGAAGUACAUCAUUUCUCGCACGGUUGACAAGGUGACGGCGGACUCCGUACCUUUGGAAAGGCCCUUUUGAAACAUGUCCUGGCAACAUGCAGGGCAUCACGAAAUUAACGUCAACACCUUGAAUCAAUUGCAACUCCAUGAACAGGGAGAGGCGAUAAGUCCCAUCUUAAAAGAUGCUUGAUGUCUAGACGUGAAUAGUCUGUCCACAGCCAUUUUUCAUUUUGUAUUUCGGGACCAUUUGACAGCGUGCGAGUGAACCGGAGCGCAGUAACGAGCCCUAACCCCACCCCAUUGCCCUUGCGGUCAGUAAAUCAUCGCGUUUUUCAUUUUGUUUAUGCACGUUCGAGAACCUCCAAAGGGAAUAUAGAGGGUCUUUGUACAGUUUCAGUUUAUUUUACCGACAAAAAAGAACAAAACAAAGCAAAAGACAAGUAUACAGAAACACGCAGAAGCAAUGUGGUGAGGAAGCCCAAAAAGAAACCAUAAGGCUUAGGUCAUCCCCUUUUCGUUCGUUUAGCGUCGAAUAGGUUUCCUGGUUUUGGGUGGGUCGGUCGGUGGGGUGAAAGAAAAAUCACAAGAAAUCUGAGAACGGGAGGCCUGAAACACCAGCAUCAUUGUCGUGGAGACUGAAAACAACAAGACAUGGUCACCAAAUCGACACAAACUCAAUAUGGCAGAAAAUGUGAUGGUCAAUUUCACAAAAAAGGCCCAAAAAGGGUAAAAAGCAAAGAGGAUACACCACCGAACGUUUUAUGCCUCGAAAUGAUGUUAUAAUGCCAAUUUUUUAGAUUAAAAGAAUUAAUCUAAGUCCAAAAAAAAUAAACCUUGUCGUUUCUUUUUCUUGCUUUUUUAAAAAAUGCCAAAAAACUGGGUCUUUUGGACGACACUAAACGAAGAAAAAAUUAAUAUAGGUAUUAAGCUCCCUUAAAGUAUAAAAGUAUAAGUUUACAAGGACAGGAUCGAACGUAUACUGAGUAACUAAAUGAUAAAAAUUUGAUCAAAAUUAAAUGAAAGGCUAAGAGCCUAAGUGCUGUCUGAUAACGAAACGGUAAACAAGAAGUGCUGCCUCUCAUUUAAAAGAGACGUGAGAUACUGGGUGGACCACAUCCUGAACUCCCGCGAAAACCGCAAGAGAGGAACGCUCAGGGCUAAGGAGACUAAACAGGGGCGUAGCUACUUGUACGCACGGUUUGCACGUGCGUACCCGAAAACGUUGAGGAAAAAAAAUAGAAUGAAAUAAACAUAACUAAAAAAAAUCGGUUUCCAGAGAAGCGACGACAUUAAUAGGAGAACCGAAUCUUGGAUGAUUUAUUUAUAUAGCAAGCUUGAUGAUGUAAAGCGUGAACGCGUUGUUUUCUCCACGACCUGUCUUCAGAGUAGACGAAGUAGGGCACAAUUACGUCAAUGUGUGGUGCUUUUGUCGGUCAAAAAUAAUGUGACAAAAAGGGGUAAAAAGAGUCAUUUGUAAACUAAAGUCGGCGGUACUACAAGCUUGACUUUUAAUAGCUGAAUUAAUGAUAAACGGUUGACGUCAAUGAACAUAACAAGCCGACAGAAUUAAAGAAUUUUAGAGGUUGUGUCAUUUCAUAAACAGCAAAAAUGCUUUUGCUUACAACCGUUAACCCCUCCUUUAAUAAAGGCACCUUAAAAAAAUGUUGAGAUUUGGGGUGGGGGGGGGGAAAGAAGAUGUAGAAAAAGUUGGGCGUACCUCCGGAAAAAUCCUGACUACGCACCUGCUAAAGCCUGAAACUGAACAACAGGAGUCUUGACGAAACGUCCUCAGUUAUCACCUGUCCGGGGUCGUACUUUCAAGGAAACGCUGAUCAAGAAUCACUCAUGACGGAAUGAAAACUCCUCGUAGCUUCCAGCGAAAAAAGGAGUGACAACAGUGGUAAGCGGUCAUUCUGUGAAAUGUAACGCAAUCUUUGCCGUUUACGAUCUUUCGGCGCUUGGAUUUGAAACGUUGUUGUUUGGUAUGUUCUCCCGUGUGUAUACUUGACAUUUCCAAUAUAUGGAAACACCAUGCUAAGGUACGAACAACAGACAUUCACAACAUUGUUUUGUUCGCUAAAAUAUGAUUUCAUGGACGUAAAAUGUUUUGAAUUUUAAGACUUUUUAAUAUUAGUGCUUUGCCCUCCCUUUGACAACUUCACGUAACUGGUGCACUUGGCAGGAGUUGACAGCUUAAAUCUGCCUUUCUUGAUAGCAAACGGCAUUAAUUUAUAUCAGAUCGCUGUAUAAACACGUCUUGGUUUCUGAAAGCUGAUAACAUGAAACCACUAUUGCUCAAACUGAUUUUUUACUGUAUUUUUCCAAGUUUUUCGCAUCGGCCCACCGCGUCUGGAAAGCUCAAAUUUCAGAAAAGUACUACUUGUAUUUUUUGGCCUCAAAAAUUUUCUUUUAAGUUGCCCGUAGUUUUGAAAACAGAUUUUGAAAGAAGAGAUAACGCUCUUUAACGUGGUAUAAGACUCGUUACUGAAUUCGAGGUACCAGUCGACGAUUUUGGGCUUUGAAAUUUGCCAUUUUUUCAUUGAACGAAAACGUUCAAAAUAUUGAAAAUAAUAAAAAAUCUCCAAAAUAUUACACUUUCGUUCAAACUGGGUAAAUCACCACUUAAAAUGUGUGCAAUUAAGUACUCUUCUGAAUAAGUUAUUUGUUGUCCACAUCACAAUGGAUCUGAAUUUUAAAACGAUUUUUUUGUGACACAUGGUCUCGGGCCUGGAAAACCCGGUCCGAGAGCCGCGAAACCAAUAACCCCCCCGUACGUGGAAAAUAAUUAUCGGAUCGAAGUAAAAAUUACAUUUAUGUUAAUAGCUUACCUAGUGCUACUUUGUGAAUUUUUUUGAGAAUUUUCGAUUUUUCACAAUUGUAGACCUCUGGUCGAUAUUUACUGACAUCCGCUCUUAAUCCGUUAAUGAAAGGGCUUCUCAUCUUUCUAGUAAUGUUUUUGCUAGUCAUCCCCUUGGUAAUCAUUUUGUGUUCAUAUGGCUACAUCUUUAUCGUCUCCUACAUACAAAGGAAAAAUAUAAGGGGACAAAACAACAUUCCAGGAACGGCUACCGCCAUCAAGCACGAAAUGAAAGGCGCCAGUACUCUUGCUAUUGUUGUAGCCGUCUGCCUUCUCAGUAUCGUCCCACUGAUAAUCAUGACAGGCCUUCGCUUUUUCGGCGAACUUCCCGAACGUUGCGACCCAAAGAGAAAGUUAAUUAAGUUUAUUGUUUUUGACUUAGCAACAGGCUUAAACACCAUCUGUAAUCCUCUUGUCUACGGAUGGAGAAAUGAAAAAUUCAGAACCGCUUUUCGCAAACUGCUGAAGUGCUCUUAA